UUAACACUGAGGAAAGUACAGACAGACCAGAUCUACAGAGAGAACUGCUUGUUCUUAACUCUCUCUCUGUCUCUCUUCUUCUUCUAUAUCAAUAUGUGAUACAAGAUCAUCUAGUGAUCGUGGCGUUUUCGAUUUUGCUUGAUCUUCGCGUAUACGUGUACUUGAUCCCCGAGUGCUUUUUCGGCGUGAGUGCGGUGGUUUAGGGCGGAGCUUUCAGUGAUUGGAGAGAAUGUUGACGAAGUUUGAGACCAAGAGUAAUAGGGUGAAGGGACUCAGUUUCCACAGUAAGAGACCGUGGAUCCUUGCGUCUCUCCAUAGUGGCGUGAUCCAGCUGUGGGAUUAUCGCAUGGGGACUCUGAUUGAUCGGUUUGAUGAGCAUGAUGGCCCUGUUCGUGGGGUGCAUUUCCACAAGUCACAACCUCUUUUUGUAUCUGGAGGAGAUGAUUACAAAAUUAAAGUUUGGAACUACAAGACAUGCAGGUGCCUUUUCACCCUUCUAGGACAUCUUGAUUACAUCCGUACCGUGCAGUUCCAUCAUGAGCAUCCGUGGAUAGUGAGUUCUAGCGAUGAUCAGACUAUUCGCAUAUGGAACUGGCAGUCUCGUACUUGCAUCUCUGUCUUGACUGGUCACAAUCAUUAUGUCAUGCGUGCUUCAUUCCACCCGAAAGAGGACCUUGUCGUGUCAGCUUCCCUUGAUCAAACCGUGCGUGUAUGGGAUAUCAGUGCCUUAAAAAAGAAGACAGCUUCCCCUGGUGAUGACUUGUUGCGGCUGAGUCAGAUGAAUACAGACUUAUUUGGUGGUGUGGAUGCUGUUGUAAAGUAUGUCUUGGAAGGCCAUGAUCGAGGUGUCAACUGGGCUACAUUUCAUCCCACCCUGCCCCUAAUUGUCUCUGGAGCAGAUGAUCGCCAAGUAAAGUUAUGGCGCAUGAAUGAUACAAAGGCUUGGGAAGUGGACACUCUCAGAGGGCACAUGAACAACGUGUCUUGUGUUAUGUUCCAUGCAAAACACGACAUAAUUGUAUCCAAUUCGGAAGACAAAAGUAUCCGUGUUUGGGAUGCGACAAAGAGAACUGGAAUUCAAACUUUUCGACGGGAGCAUGACCGUUUCUGGAUACUUGCUUCUCAUCCUGAAAUGAAUCUUUUGGCAGCGGGUCAUGACAGUGGCAUGAUAGUGUUUAAGUUGGAGAGAGAGCGACCUCCCUUUGCUGUGAGCAAUGAUAUUCUGUUUUACACCAAAGACCGUUUCUUGCGCUGUUAUGAGUUUUCUAGUCAGCAGGAUACCCAGGUUACUCCUAUUAGACGCCCUGGAUCUACCAGCCUCAACCAAAGCCCAAAAACGCUCUCUUACAGUCCUACAGAAAAUGCUCUUCUUAUUUGCUCUGAUGUGGAUGGAGGAUCUUAUGAACUGUAUGUCAUACUGAAAGAUAGUGCUGGGAGGGGUGACAGUGUUCAAGAGGCAAAGAGAGGUGCUGGGGGAUCUGCUGUUUUUGUAACUCGAAAUAGGUUUGCAGUGCUUGACAAAAGCAGCAAUCAAGUAUUGGUAAAGAAUCUAAAGAAUGAGAUUGUUAAGAAGAGCGGGCUUCCUUUUGCUGCGGAUGCAAUUUUUUAUGCUGGAACCGGUAACUUGCUGUGUAGGGCAGAAGACAGAGUCUACACAUAUGAUCUCCAGCAGAGGUUGGUUCUUGGUGAGCUGCAAACCCCCUUUAUCAAAUAUGUUGUGUGGUCAAAUGACAUGGAAAGUGUUGCCUUGCUAAGCAAACACGCAAUUCUUAUUGCUUGCAAGAAGCUUGUCCACAAAUGCACUAUGCAUGAGACCAUUCGUGUAAAGAGUGGAGCCUGGGAUGACAAUGGUGUAUUUAUCUAUACUACAUUGAACCAUAUUAAGUACUACCUCCCUAAUGGUGAUACUGGAAUUAUUAGAACUCUUGAUGUGCCUAUCUACAUUACUAAGGUUACAGGGAAUACAAUCUUUUGCUUGGACCGUGAUGGAAAGAACAGAGCUAUGGUUAUUGAUGCAAUGGAGUAUACUUUCAAGAUGUCUUUGCUGAAGAAGAGAUAUGAUCAUGUCAUGAGCAUGAUAAGGAACUCUCAACUCUGUGGGCAGGCUAUGAUUGCAUAUCUGCAGCAAAAGGGAUUUCCUGAAGUGGCUCUUCAUUUUGUAAAGGAUGAGAGGACACGGUUCCAUUUGGCUCUGGAGAGUGGCAACAUCCAAAUUGCAGUUGCCUCAGCUAAGGAAAUUGAUGAGAAGGAUCAUUGGUACAGAUUGGGGGUCGAGGCUCUUCGCCAAGGCAAUGCCGGCAUUGUUGAGUAUGCUUAUCAGAGGACUAAGAACUUUGAGAGGCUUUCUUUCCUUUAUCUUAUAACUGGAAACAUAGACAAAUCGACCAAAAUGCUGAAAAUCGCCGAAGUGAAGAAUGAUGUCAUGGGGCAAUUUCAUAAUGCUUUGUACUUAGGAGAUGUUCGAGAGCGUGUUAAGAUAUUAGAGAAUGCUGGGCAGUUGCAUCUUGCUUAUACGUCUGCUUCAGUGCAUGGGUUACAGGAUGUAGCUGAGAGGCUAGCGGCUGAAUUGGGAGAUUCUAUUCCUUCUUUGCCAGAUGGAAAGCGACCUUCCCUUUUGAUGCCCCCAAUACCUGUAAUAUGUGGUGGUGAUUGGCCUCUUUUGAGAGUCAUGAAAGGCGUAUUCGAAGGUGGGUUAGAUAAUGUCGGCAAGGGUACUGCAGGUGAAGAUGAAGAGGGUGUCGAAGGUGAUUGGGGAGAGGAACUGGAUAUGGUUGAUGCGAAUGGUUUACCCAACGGAGAUGUGACAGCUAUUAUGGACGAUGAUGAAGCUGGUGAAGAAAACAAGGAAGAGGGAGGCUGGGACCUUGAAGAUUUGGAGCUUCCUCCUGAGGCAGAAACCCCUAGGGCUUCUGUAAGUUCUCGCCAAACUGUUUUUGUUGCCCCAACUCCGGGCAUGUCAGUGAGUCAAAUAUGGAUCCAGAAAUCGUCUCUUGCUGCUGAACAUGCAGCCGCUGGUAAUUUCGAAACAGCGAUGAGGCUACUGAAUAGGCAACUCGGAAUUCGUAAUUUUGCUACAUUGAGAUCCAUGUUCCUUGAUCUUCACAGUAGCAGCCACGCCUAUCUACGUGCCUUCUCUUCUGCUCCAGUGAUAUCUCUGGCUGUUGAGCGUGGUUGGAGUGAGUCUGCAACCCCUAAUGUUCGGGGUCCACCAGCAGUUAUUUUCAGUUUUUCUCAAAUGGAAGAGAAGCUCAGGGCUGGUUAUCGGGCCACAACAGCAGGGAAAUUUACUGAGGCUCUUCGGCUCUUCCUCAGUGUUCUUCACACAAUUCCACUUAUUGUGGUGGAAUCAAGAAGAGCAGUUGAUGAAGUUAAGGAGUUGAUCGUCAUAGUCAAAGAGUAUGUCUUGGGUCUGCAAAUGGAGGUUGGGAGGAGAGAAAUUAAGGACAAUCCUGUGCGCCAGCAGGAACUUGCAGCCUACUUCACGCACUGCAAUCUUCAAGUGCCUCACUUGAGGCUGGCCUUGCUGAAUGCAAUUAAUGUAUGCUACAGGGCAAGAAACCUUGCUACAGCAGCAAACUUUGCCCGACGGCUUCUAGAGACCAAUCCCACCAUUGAAAAUCAAGCAAAGACGGCAAGACAAGUUCUGCAGGCGGCUGAGAGGAAUAUGACAGAUGCCGCUGCGCUAAAUUAUGAUUUUAGAAAUCCAUUUGUGGUAUGUGGGGCUACCUAUGUGCCAAUAUACCGAGGACAGAAGCAUGUAUGCUGCCCAUUCUGCAGCGCCCAGUUUUUGCCUAGCCAGGAAGGGCAGGUUUGUAGUGUGUGUGAUCUUGCAGUGGUUGGAGCAGAUGCUUCAGGAUUACUCUGUUGCCCGUCUCAGGUACGAUGAUCUGUCUAUGUAACCAAGGAACACACUUCCAACUUUCUUGUUUUUGUUUUUGUUUUUGUUUUUUGUUUUUUCGUGGUUUGACACUGUAGUUGCACGUGUUGGCUCAUUGACAUGAACAGCAGUUAAGAAAUUUACAUGUCAAAUCUUAUGGUGAAUUGUUUGUUGUCUCCUAUAUCAUCAUCUAAUUUUCCUUUAAGUAGAUGUUAAGAUUUU